AUGCAUAAUACUGCUUAGUUAAACUCAGCUUUGCUUAAUUAGUUAGCGAUGAAUUCUCCAUACGUUAUGCCUACUACAGGAUAUUAAUAAACUAUUUUUACAUAAAGUUAAUUUUCUUUUCCUCCUAGAACUAGUUUCAUAAGUAGAUAAUAUGCUAAUUAAAAUUAAAUUCCUAAAAAAAGACCAUAACACCUCUCUGACAGCCCAUCAUUUCAUCCUAGUCCUUUGGCUCCUAUUCAUUAUAUGGAUACAGAACUUUAGAGUCCAGUCACCAAAAUUAGAACUAAAAGUUAAACCUUUUCAUUGAGAUCUGAUAAGGACACUUUAGAGGGAUAGUGUGCUAAAUUUUUAAAGGAAACUAGUGUAUUCGAAUUUAUGAGACUGCAUCCUUGUUUUAGUUGUAAUACCAGCUUGAAAUAUAAUAUAAAGUAUUUAUCAAAAUAAUUUGAAUCUAAUGUCAUUUAUCGUUCAGAUAAUUGUAUUUCUACUGCGUUUAGAUGCGUUAAACAGUUUUUUUGUUCAUAUAAAUCUUAACCUGAGGGGAUAUCUUUUGAGCAUGAAGCUCUUCGUAUUGAAGUCUAUGAUGGUAAAGGUACCGUUUAUUUCAAUGACUAACUUUUAGGGUAGUUCAGAAGAAAGUCUCCCUCAAUAUUUUGUAAAACUUUUUGCAAUUAGUUUAUAGAUUUGAUAAUUACUCCUAAAGAUGAAGAAUACUUUUAUGAAUUAAAGAAAAAUACAGAUUGUUUGAAUGGUUGUUGUGAGUGUUUUUUAACAAAUAAUAUUCCUUGUUGUGGAAAUGAAGCCGAUAUUUUACUUUUAAAAAAUAAAACUGAUGUAAUAUCAAGCUCAACCAUGAGCAGAUCUGAUUGCUAUCAUUUACAAACUUGCAUAGGUUUAUCUUGCUUCAAAGGCAAGUGGGAUGAAGUAAAAAUUGAUCUUAAUAACCCUGGCAUAUCUUUUCGUGAAAAAUGUCUUCUCUUAGGAGCCUGGUUUUAUUAUAUUGAAUAUUGUCAAUGA